CUCCGUACAACACAGUAAAUGUGGAGAUAUCCAAAUAUGAUACAUGUACAAUGAAUCAGAGAUUGAAUAUGUACACAUACCUACACAGCCUGUCUGUCAGCUACCCGGAAGUAAAUUGGUAUUGUCAGCUCUACAUACAUCGCCUCUACCUGUGUAUGUCGGUGGGCUGCUGCAAGCUUCAGUCAGUGACACGAGUCCACGUGUGUUUCUGGAGUUGAUUCCACUACUUAUUCUGCUAGAUACUGCCCAGAUACGUCGUUGUAAGUCAGCUCCGGUUCUUGCCACCAACAGACGUGUUCCUGUGGAGGGUGUCAGCUUCACCAUCACCUGUACACUAGAUGCAGCUAUCACUUCCACUGCACGGUUCAUUAAAGGUCCUACUUCUGUCCAGGGAGGCUGCUUCUCAUCCGGCAGCUGUAGGACAUCUGUGUCAGGAUACACUCUGAGUCUGGACAGUGCAUCCAGGAUCAUGUCUCUAGACAUCGCCUCUCCAGAUUCCACCAGAGACAGCGGGACUUGGAGAUGUAGUGUUGGCGCUGCAGUGUCAAAUAGCAUCACACUGUCUCAGUUUGCAGCUGUCCUAGACUGGAGCUCUGUGACCUUCUCAACACUACUGACUUCUCUCCCGUCCUCCGUGACCCCGCAGAACACCAUCUCCGUCACUGUGACCACUCCGUGUGCUGCCACUGCCGCCGUCAUCACAUGGGGAUACCAACAGGGUGUGAGUGGCGUCCCUCCUAGCAGUACAUCUUCCACCCAGGGAUCAUGUCCAUCAGGUCAGGUCCAGACAACCAACAACCUGUCUCUACCAGGGAACACAGUCAGUCUCUACAACAGGCAGGUGUCUCUCACCGUCAGUGUGGAACAUGACUCCUUUGAUCCCCCGACGUAUACCAAGUCUGUCACUUAUAACACCAUACAGUUCCUUGUCCCGGUCAGCUCUGUGACACUGGCAAACAUCGGUUCCGAUAAUGAGGAGAUAGGACGUGAAGCAAAUCAAUCUUUGACCUUGACCUGCGUGACCUCAGCCAGUUUUCCCAUUUCCACUGUGACCUGGGUGACCUUGCCAUCAGGAACGUCACCUACAGUCAGCACAGAGACGACAUCUGGUGUCCUGGUGAAGAGAACAAGCUCCGUCACAUUCACUGUCAGUAGGAGUGACCAGGGGAAGAGCUUUCGCUGUCAGGCUGAAAACAUCAACGGUCAGACAUCCCCACUUCUAUCUAUUGAUCAGUCACAGUGUAACACAGCAGAGAUGAAGCUCGGACCAGAGCAGGUUGAUAUGACAAAACCAGACAGCAACGUGACUUUAGAGAACAGUAACCUGACAUUGACCUGUGGUGCCACCGGUUACCCCAACCUGACCUUCACCUGGGACUACAACUCUCAACUUCAGGCCAAACAAAGGCAAGGCAAAUACCCACCACGUGCCCUUCCUUCCAUCACACAGUUUCCGGAUGUGAUGUCUGAAGGAGACCCACAGACAAUCAGCUGCUCGGUGACAGGAGGAAAUCCUCUAGCUACGAUCACAUGGUCCUGUCCUGGCACUGGAUCUGCAUCGAAAAUGCUUCUCGAAAAAGAUCACAUCAACAGUCCAGCUCAGUCUCCAACCACGGAUACAGAGGGUUCGGAAAGACAACAUUACACACAGCUGAAGGUUUAUGAGAAUACAAGCGUCGAUGCCAAACCAGAAACAAGUACCUACGAAGACAUGACAGAGACGCCUCCUAUACCAUACGAGUCCAUCAGCGCUUCUCCAUACCAGAACAGCGGCUCUCAACCUGAAGGUUUCCACCAGACAAUCGAUGUGUUUACAACUGGCCACGUUUCAAACUUGAUGAAUCGAAUUAGAGACAUGACCAAUCCGACCAGUUUUGUCAUGGAUACUUUGCAUGCGGGUUUGAUGAUGUAUGUUAUCGGAAUUGUCAUCACUGGUGUACAGUCUCAGCUGACCAGUCCUGUGAUAGUGAGGGAGUCUGAGACAGCCAGCUUCAGGUGGCAGGUACCAGCUGUAUCAGGGGGAUUCACUGUCAUGUAUGUCAUCAGUCCAUCUGGAGCUGUAGUACUACUGGCCAACACACUCAAUAACAACCAGAUACUGGGGAACUACACAGCUCGUGUCACCUACACCGGGAAUCUAACUGCUGACCCCAAGGCCAUGGCCUUUGACCUCCGUAGUGUUGUCAGAUCUGAUGCUGGGACCUACAUCUGUGGGUAUGGUGGAGUAUCUGACAUCAUACCUCAAUGUGGACAGAAGCUGGUUGUUCUAGGUCAACCCACCAAGCCAACUCUCAGUGGACCACCAUCCCCUGUGUUUGGAGGACAAGUGACCUUGACCUGCAGCUCCACCUCUGUCACUGUCCCAGCUGACCAUGGUCUGACCUUGACCUACACCUGGCAGCGUGACAACACUGACAUCACAGUUACCUCCACUGGUUCCCCCUACACCUUCACAGUGACUUCCCGGGACAGUCACAGCUACAGAUGUAGAGCGAGAGAAAGUCAGGGUCCGGAGUCCGAGUGGAGCCAGGUGUACAACAUGGAGCCACAAUAUGGCCCCUAUGCUGUGGUACUACAACCCUCCACUCUGUCCUACACCAGGAGGGAAGGUCAAGAGAGUGUACCAAGUAUCUUGUGUUCAAUCACCUGCAAACCUGCCUGUACAUACAAGUGGUUCAAGAAUGGGACAUCUCACAGUGAUGGAGCUACACUGACACUCCCCAUGGCUGACAGGUCACAGACAGGAUCCUACAAGUGUCAGGCUUCCAAUACACACGGGACUGUUGACAGCUCAAGUGUCUCGGUGGAUGUCACGUAUGCCCCUGAGGCAACACUGAGCCCCACAUGUCAACCACACAGUGUCUAUGUAGGGCAGCCCAAUGCUCAACUGAUCUGUCAAGUAACGGCAGCCAACCCAGCAGUGACGUCUUACAUCUGGACACACAAUGGUUCUCCUAUCUCACCAGCAACAAGCAGAGAGUACAGUCUGAGUCCUGUCUCCAGGAGCAGGGGAGGAAGCUAUACAUGUGCUGGGAGGAACUCAGUGGGGACGUCUAGUGUGUCAGCUGUCACAGUGGAGGUGCAGUACAAACCUACAGUGUCAGUUCCCCAGUCCACACCUGUCAGGGAGUCACAGACUCUCAACAUAACCUGCUCUGUGGAUGCCAACCCUGUAGCAGCCGUGGCGUGGACAAAGAAAGAUGACAGCAGCUUUACUCCUCAGACUGGAUCUACUCUGACCAUCAAUAACAUACGGAGAUCACAGGCAGGGACGUAUGUGUGUACAGCUUCCAACACCCUCAGUCCUUGUGUGGGAAUAUCUGUAGUGAGAUCUGACUCUGUGGAAGUGACAGUGGAUGUACAGUACCCAGCCGACAUAAGCAUGUUUACCGCCAACUCUCACAGCGGCUCAGUGACAGUUAACGAGUCUGAUACAGUGACACUUAGCUGCCAGAUUGACAGUAAUCCAAGGUCAGUAAUCACGCUUCUAAAUGGAACUGAGGCGUUUGCAAGGGCAGAUAACUCCCUGACAAAAAUAUACAGACUGGAGCCAGCAGACUGUAGACAAAGAGGGAACUACUCCUGUACUGCCACCAACAACAUCGGGGCACCUGUCACCCAGAGGGUGGAGCUGCUGGUCAAAUGUUCACCUCGACUUGAUGACUCAGUGUCCCAGCAACUCAAGUACGCCGCUACACUGGUUGGUGACGUGACUCUAUCUGUGUCAGUCCUGGCCUACCCCCUUCCUACAUUCACCUGGAGUAGAUCCAUCAGCACCAGCCAGUACCUCACUGGUUCCUCCAGCCCUGUCACAGACAUCUCAGUCACUGCCAGACUACACCUUACUAACCUCCAACAGCAGGACUUUGGGGACUACUAUCUUACAGUGGACAAUAUUGUGGGCGGGUCAGCGACAUACACAGUCAGUGUGCUGCAUGUAGGACCACCACAGACACCUACACAGUUUAGAGAUCUGGAUAAUGCAACAACGUCGUCAAUAUGGUUGUAUUGGCUGCCUGGGUUCAAUGGUGGACGCACUCAGACGUUUGUCAUUGAGUAUCUUCAGUUUGCUACAAGAACGUGGACUGUGUACAAAUCCUAUGAUGACCCCGGUGAGGUGAUGGCGGUAGAAGUGACCGGGCUUAUACCUGGAGAGAUUUACAUAUUCCGACUACAAGCUAGAAAUGACUACGGGGAUUCUCAUGGAAAUGUAUUGACAGAAGCUGUGACUGCUGGUGACCCACCAGACCAGCUAAGGCUUGAAGCGUCGUGUAUCAGUACAGGGGUAACAGCAGGAGCGACAGUAGGAGGCAUUCUUCUUACCCUGCUCAUUGGAGGGAUUGUCCUAAUGGUGCUGUACAGAAAGGGGUACAGAUUUGGAAACAUUCUCAAAGGAGCUGCACGAAAAAGCUCCAGCCAUCCUGACCCUGUGGAAAUGGACAACAGAGGAUAUUCAUCUCUAGAUCAAAUCACGGCUCCAUCGCAGUAUUCAAAUGUGGAGGAGGAAUCAGAAAAACAACAGUACACACAAUUGAAGAUUUAUGAGAAUACAAAAGCGGAUGCUGCAGCAGAUACAAGUACCUAUGAAAGCGUGACAGAGACUCCCCCUGUGACCUAUGAGUCCAUCAGGGCAUCGCCAUACCAGAACACUGGGGAACAUUCUCAAGGUCCUGACAAAUGAAAUAAGCACAAAGCCAAACGGUUUCAGCUGCGGAUGAAGAGAGAGCAUUACUUUGCUUUGCUUUGUUAUUUUCUUUGAAUACACAUUACUUCUCAAUAUAAGGUUCCAUGACACUGUUGAGAAAUUCAAAUCAUGUAUGUUAUGAUUGUGUCAUCUUUAUCGAAUAUUUAAUUAAAUAUUCCGCAAACCUGAAAAAGCAAUAUAUUUUCUCAGUGAACAUACAAAUCUAUUUGGUGACCACGUGGAAAGAUGUACAUAAAGAUAGAGAGAACAGCAUUAGUCCGAUCUACCAAGUAUGUCAUAAUAUAAUAUGGUUGAAGUAUAGUGGUGUCAGUAAUGAUUUAGUGAAGUGUCAGUAGGGAUGGAAGAGCCGAUCACCAGUCCUGCCACAGGUACGAGGACAACAGUGCACAUUCUGGGUGUGUAGUGACUCUGUAUAUUGAUGCAAUCGGAUUUCAAGCUCGAAGAUAUCGAAGAUAACGAACGAACUCAUCAUACCAGGGUCGGUGAUGGCUUCUCAGAGCAGGAGAUCAUUGUCCCAUGGAGUUGCCAGUCCGGUCAUCAGACAUCAGCUCUACUCAACACAUGUGGAAUGCGCUGGAGGUCACCCUCUAGCAAUGCCCUGUCCAUCCGACGAUUAUAAAGAACUCGGCAAAGUUCUCACAGAAGUGUGGAACAAUCUCCCUUCCUGACACCUACUGGGAGGCCCAAGACGGUGAUGAAAGGCUAUCUGUUGAAGCAUCAGGAACGGGCAUAUUCGAGGUUUUUUUUAGGACAACCAAUAUUGUACUGUGACGUUUUAUAUUUGAGUUUGUGUCCCUUCUACCUUCAACAGAUCUUUACGAAAGUUUGUCCUUUGUUGUUCAACAGAUGCUCAGAAUAUGACGACUGACUAAAUCUGAGAAUCUCAGCAAACACUGAGUGUUAUAAUGCAUGCAAGUGACUGCAGCUGAAUUGAUUUAAGUACACAUUGUUUAUUAAUUGCAAUAAUUGUACAACUCUUACAAAGCAAAACUUGAUUUCACGGACGGACUCCGUUAUACAAACCCGUCCUUCAGUUUGAGAGAAUCUCCGAGAGUCUAUUAUAUCACAACACUACCAUCACCGAAGACACUAAUAUCAUGUUAACUACAUUACCCACAUACACGUAUGUGAAAUGUUGGAUUUGGCUUUGAUUCCAUCAAAAUAAAAUGGAAACUUUGAAACAUUGGACAUCGAGAAUAUAGUUUGGCCGACUUCUUUUUGAACGACCCUCAUGGAAAUCGUCUAAUCGGAAUCGAACCAUUAGCUACAGUCCGUACACUGAAGUGGUAAAUUAGUUAAAUGUUCCACUUUUCUUAGUCUUAAAUAAACCAAUAAGCGGUCCACCAAUCGGAAUCGGCGUUUGCUGUAAAGUGUAUUAUACCAGACAACCAGCCAGGAAAACUCCGCCUGUAACAACCCGGGUAGAUAACUCUACCCGGAAGUGAGUUCUGCAUCACAACUCGGUGUUUCCCUUGUAGAAAAAGCAACUGGCAGUUAUGAGAAUACAACAAAUAUAUCCAGUAAACUUGUAAACAUCUGCCAGGAAGGAAGUGACGAGGUCAGGGUGUUAAAUGGUCUUACGCAUGUCCACUAGAAUAUUUCAGACUGGCAGUAUAUUGGCUGAAAUGAAUUACCCAAACGUUGCCAGUGACAUAAUCCAGAUUUAUCGACGUACUGACGACAUGCUGCAGUCAGGUAAUGGUGGGUACAUAUCUGUGGAUGACGAGGAGCUGUUUGUCUGUACUAGUGUGAAUAUAGAGUGUAUAUUGUGUGACUCGAGUGCAGCCAAACAUAUACCGUGUACGGAUCAGAGCGGUUAUUGCCACUAAUAUAAGCAUUGAACACAUAUCAUAUAUGAUGCGUUUACAACAAAUGUGAUGAAUAUGGCUUGGAGGUUAUAUGAUAUGUUUGUCAAUAUGGAUAUUGAAUAUAUAUCGAGUAUUGCGAGUGUAUCGCAGGCAGAUAAAUUAGAUCUGUCAAUACUGAGAGCAAGCAAUAUUCGUUUUGUUUUCAUCGUGUUUGAAUACACGAUAACCUUCA